AUGGCUGUUGUAUUUGAUGACACAAUACGUGCCCUGAUAGAUGUUGAGUUCGAUCAGGCAGCAUGGCUGCCGGCUGUGGAGGUCCCCGACAAGGGACGACAAAGCUCUGAUGCCGGUAUACCUUUCACGGCUCAGUUGUUAGCCUGUGUUCCGCCAAUACCCGCGAUUGAAGUUCUCUGGAGAGUGUUUCUCGAACGCGUGGAUCCCGUCACAAAAGUCAUCCACGUGCCGACGUUUCGGAUGCGCAUCGUUGAUGCUAUGAACGAUUUCACCAAUGUUCCGUUGGAUACAGUGGCUCUUCUCUUCUCUAUAUUUCUGACAGCUUCCGGGUCUUUAUCGCGACAAGAAUACUGGGAUAUGUUGGGUCAAAGCAAGAGUGAUGCUAUUGAUGACUUCACCCUCGGAUUCAAGUUGGCUCUUACUGAAAAGAACUACCUGAAAAACCUCAACUUGGAAGUACUCAGGAGCCUGACGUUGUACUCGUUCCGUCAAACUACAAGGAUACUCAAGUGCUAA